UUUUUAUUAUACGGCCGACGAUUAGGACUAUAAUGAUUGUUUGGAUAACAAGGCAUCUUAGGGUAAUAAAAUGGAGGAGGAAGCAAUGGUGGAUAGUUUGAUGGAAAAUACAUAAAUGGAUUUGUAUUGUAAUUAUAAUGACCAUUGGCCCCAUAAACACCACCAUAGUUAUAGCCUUGUUGUUGUUGUGGUGGUGGUAUACAGCAAAGAAACCAGAAUGGAAAUCAAAAUUCUGUUGCUACUACCACAACAAAUACGUUGCCACAAGGACAGCAGCAACAACAACAAUCAAAUAAUACUGGAAAUAAUCGCCCCCGAUCAAACACAAGAAUGACGACAUCAGCAUUUCGACGUCGACAAAAUCGACUUCAACAGCAACAACAACAACAACGGAAUAAUAAUCAAAUUCCGGUACAUCAAAAUCCUUUUGAUACAUUAGCUGUUGAAAAUAAUGAUAAAGAAGAGCCUGAAGUUCCAGUAAAUGAUUUUUCUUCUGUUAACAAGAACAAGAAGAAGAAAAAUAAUAACAAUAAUAAAAAGAAGAAGAAUGAAGGCAAUGUUUCAAAGACAAAACAUCGUCCAUACUUGAAUAUUGACAAAUUUGCUCAAUGGUUAUCAACGAAUUCAAAGACAAAGGAAGUCAUGAAAAGUUCUGGCAAUCAAUGCUUCGCUUUACAAGCUGCUCCAAUCUAUGAUGAAUGGAUUCGAUCAGAUUAUGAAGUACAAGUAUGGAGAGGUUACAAAAAAUUGGGUAUUACACAUAAUCAUUGGGCUAAAGAGGUUGUGAAUCGUACAAAGACACGUAAAAAUGAUACAUGUAUAGUCUUCGUUGAUAAGAAGAUUAAUCACUUCCAAAACAUAAUUGACCAAGCUCAUGUAAAAAUUAGUAAAUUACAACAUGAAUUAGGACAUUAUUGGUCACAAAUUCGAAGUAAGAAAGAUGUGUUUGUUACGUCUGCAGCAAGUACAACAACAACAACAACAUCAGUAGCCCCUCCUCCUUCUCUUUCUUUAGCAACUACUACGAAUAAUGACGAGAUUACUCCAUGGCAUUCUUUUGAAAGACUUUUAAUAUUGAAUCCAUUCUAUCGUAUCGACUUUGUAUUUUACGUUUAUCAUGAAUAG